GCAGGCUUGCUUCACCUUCCGGCACAGCCACAUUUGCUCACUUCCUUGAUUGUUAACUGGACUAGCUUGACAAGGCGCAAGCACGAAGGGUGGGAGAUCCACUGGAGGCAUAUUUCGUGUUUAGUUAAAAAGGCUUAGCAUAAUGUUUCCGAGAAGCGUGGAUCCUCUGCCAUUCAAGACGAAGAUAGGCUCCGCAAUAAUUGAUGAUUUGAGGAUUAUCAGAGUGGCACGGCCACUGACAGACUGGCCGUCCCAUAGGGUCAACAGCUCUCAUGCCAUGACGGAGUUAGUAUACUGCGACAAGUGAGAAUGUAAGAGCUUGAAUGAAAUGUAGCUCGUUGCAGUUGAGAUAGCAUGAAUGAAUGAACGUAUGUAUGCCCGUUGCCCUUGCCCUAUGCCCUAAUCUGAUGGCUGUCCCAAAACGGAAGCUCAACAACGGCAAAACAACUCUUAUUUUUUUCUUUUACUGCAUCUUCGUCUUGAGUGGAAAAAUCGGACAACAAGCACGGAAAGCAACAUACAGAAUGAGAGUCCAAGCUGCCAAACCAUCUGAGACGUGCCAUGACUUCAUCCCCCUGCUGUGUGGGGUGUUUCUGCCUGGGCUUUGCCAAUUUAGUGGGACUUGGGGGCCGAUAUCUGCUUUGUGGGGGGCCAUAUAAUCCUUGAAGAUAUUAUUCUCCAACUCUCAUGAUGAGGAUGGCUGAGUACCGUACGGAGUACAGUGCAGGAAGCAACGAUAAUGAAAAUGAGAAGAGUUGAAUAUGUGGACCCGUUCACGACCAGCUUAAUAUCAUGUCCACGGGUAUGGAUUCUCCUACGAUACGAUUUGAUGUUACCUUUUUCUUGUGAACUGCGCAUUAUUGAUCAAUUUAUUCUUAAUAUGUGGCGAAACCCGCAAGUUGGCAGAGGCCUCGUUUGCAGGAUAACUAGUUACUUACUAUCUUGCCUGUAGAACGGGAGCAUUUUCUGCUCUGUGAGCCCAACGAUAGGGCUCGCUAGAGCUUGACAAUUUUAGGCCCGAUUUGGCCGCCGCUUGGACAAUUUUAAGGCUUGAUUUCGACCGCUAAUGGAUUUUUCGAACUGUGGGUUCCGCCCUGAGGCCUAAGCUUAGAUUUCGACCCUGGACAGCGGGUGCGCGGGGAAAGUUACUAUAAUUCUCCUUGCUAUACUCCGUAUACUGCGUACUACUGCUGUACAUGUAUGUAUCUGCACUUCUACGAAAACCAAAUGCUAUGCUUCCUUGAUCAUCUCAAAAUUAAAUAUCGGUUUGAAAAUGUAGGUCGCUUGGAAGAAUUUUUUUCUCCCAAAAUGUCCAACUCCACUUAAGCAGCCAUAACUACAGCGCUGAAAUAGGGUCGAGGGGAGUGCGGCUCUAAUUGGCUACUGUCUCACGGCAGACUUCUGUCAAGCCUCAAGGUCAAUCGGCAGGCUGUCAUCUAAUCAGCCGCAGACUGCGCCGUGUCCGUCUCGGCAAAGAUACCUCUUCUGCAGUCCAUCCUCCCAGGGCGCUGUUGGUGGCUCUAACAGGCUCCGAUUACUAACUGCUCAAAAGUCCACCGUUUCCACCGUUUAUCCAAUGCUGGCUUUGGCACCCUCGAAUUUGCAGCAAUCCCCCCUCCUCCACCCGGCUCUGCGCAAUAACUUUUUUUUUUCUUUCUUUUUUUCUUUUUCUUUUUUUUUCUAAAAGUGAGGACAUCCACUUGAUCGCUCAUCGCCGCCCUUGAGCCAGGCGCCCGCGCAAUUGAUAUAGUCUAAAAGCCCAACAAGCUCCAUCCAUAUGUCCCUAGCUGCGGGGUUUCCAAUAGCGCACUCAUCAAACGUGCACCGCGAGGACGAACGGUCUAAUCCCGUAGUGAUCCCAAUAAUCGUCAACCUUUCCACCACCAGUUACACGGGAAGGUCAACUGUUUUGCGUGAAACCCCCCAAACUUCUCUAAAUGUAAAGGUGGCCACCAUCCGUGGACGUCUGUUUUUGCAUCUUGGCCGACUCAUAGUGUUGACUCGUAAACCACUGUGGCCGCGAUUGCAGGGUGCUGCUUCCGCGUGGGAUACGAGAUCACAAGAGAAUUUUCUCACGUUUCCUAUAGCUAGUGAUUUCCGUCCCUGCUGUUCACCUCAGUUUCGGUCAGGCACUGGCCGAUCUAAUUUUUUGAUCCAUUUUCCAGGCCACUAUUCUUUAUAAACUAUGUCGGCUGCAACCUCUUCUCCACGGCCUAUCGAAAACCAGUCUCCGAAUCUAUCGGCCUUCAAAGCUCAAAGCUACAGCGAUCCCUUUCUCCCGAACCCUUCCAACAGCGACGAGCAAUUACCACUAGGUUCUCAUGGUGAUUCAGCAACAGUAAAGCUUUCUGAAUUGGAAAAUCAACGCCCGAACGCAGAAUUGUCAGGGGAGAGCUUCAACAACCGCUCGUUCCCAGUCUCCCCAAACAAUCUCUACCUCCCAGGUGGCUCGAAGGGUGGUCCCACACACACCCGGCCAAAUACCAACCCCCAGAGCAACGCCCACUCUCCUACAUCCAACCAGGAUUUCUUAAGCCCCUCCGAUUACGCGGAAAACGGAUAUAGCGAUUUUAGUUCCUUCGGAUCCCCCGAGACUGACAACCCCUUCUUCUUGGAGCCAGAGUUUGGCAUCCAUCCCGAGCUAGAGCCUCUUACACUGCCCAUAUCAGAAGUACAAGAGCAUCACAUACCACAGGAGCCUACAGGGCUAAAUAAUGAGCAAAAUUUGGAAUCAACAACAUUAACGGCGUCGCAACUUCUGAGCCCGGGGCUUACAAAUACCCCCAGCCCACCAUCUGACGGCCAAAACAUACACCUUGCUAGUAUGUCUGGCGGAAGAGAUAAGGCGCACCGGCCGUCAAGAAUGGAUAUUCCUGCCCAUCGGUUUCAGCAAACACCAACUCUUACAACAACCAGCCCUUGCAGCGACACGCUUGAAGUUAAUAAUAAAUUUUCUCAUAGCGAUCAACCUACGAGCCCAAUCGUUAAAGUGUCGAGCUAUACCCGUGGCGAUUCGCCUGCUGGAAAUGAUGAGCUGAUGGAACGGAGACCAGACAGGAGGGGUCGACCUACGUUAUCAUCAUCUCACCUAGCCCCAACCGACAACAAACACGAGUACGAGUACGAUGACACUGACGGUAGCCACUACGUAGGCUCACACUACAGGUCUAUUUCAGUCCCCCCAUCAUCAUUACGUGCGGAAGAUGGGUCAUGGGUCGCCAACUCUUCCACAGGGGCAAGCGGACUCGACCCUGCUUCUCGAGGUGACAUCUAUGUCCCAAGCCCCAAAGAAAUGAUAGAACAGCGCAAACGAGAGCAAAAGAAUGCAGACGUAGAACAGUGGUUGUCUGUUAGCGAGGUUAGUAGCGAAGUUGAGGAUAAUGGUGCUACUGGUCGUAAGCCUCGCAGAAGAAACAAGCUGGUGACGCUUCGCCGCAGAGCAAAAAGUACUGGAGACCCGGUCGCGACCCAUCAGCAGUUCUUUGAUGAUUCCAAAAUUCCUGGGCCUGGUGUCCUAAUCGACGAGGACAGCGGGUUGGAAGAUAUAGAGGAUGACGAUGACUCGAAUGUUUCAAGCAAAUUGCCAGAGACACCCCCGGCAAAAGUGGACUUAGAUUCUCGAGACGAACCGCCCGGAGGAGGGUAUUUUCUUCCAGUCAUCAACGAUGAUGAAAAUCAAAAUACGGAGCCACUUCCCCGUCAAUUUAUCAGAGCUCGACUCUGGCAAGAUCCAUUUCGAAACCCUCACAUCGGCGAUACCAGACAUCAACCAACGAGCUCGAAUGCUGCAAUGGCGAGAUUUGGGCGUGCUGCUGAAAAUAUCGAAACUGCGUCCCGCGCUGCCACAUGGGGCACCACGCGGAGAAUGAGUGAAUCAGAUAUCCGUAGCUUGCAUGCAUCCGGCGGCUCCUUCAAUCCUUCAUUUGUCGAUAAAGAAAAGAAGCACACCAGACGAAAUAGUAUCUUCAAACAUACGAACAAGCUUUUACCUAAGAGGAGCAGCAGCAGUGCAAAACGCAAAUUAGCCGAAUCUGCCCAACAGCAAUCCAGCACCGAAUCCGUCGAUAAGCCUAAAAGUAAAGACUCGAGGGAAGGAGGGUUGGGCAGCUCAGUUUUACCACAGAGGAAGCCCAGUUUUACUCGUUCCCCAAGGUCCCCCUCGACAACUGGAGAUGCUGUUUGGGCUAUGACCGGACAGAUUGCUGCGGUUGGAGGUGGUGCGCCUGUCGGAGUACCGUCUCAUAGCACAUCGUCGAGCCCCUGGAAAAAUAAUUUCAUGAGACGCAGUCGCAGCAAAAGUGAUCUACCGAAAACUUCAAAAUCACCCGGAUCAGGUGGAUUGCUGGAGUUAAUGACAAGCUUUGGUGGUCCUCCCGUUCCCACCCUUGCUUCCCCGCUUCAAGACAAAGCCCUCACUCCAAGUCCUCUAUCGGGGAGAGGGCUAAAUGACGAUGAUGAGGAAGAGGAUGACGAAGAUGAGCAGAUGGGUGACAAGGGGGUUACCAUGGACUUCACUGUCAGAGCGGACCCCAUUGUGCCAACGCUCGAAGGCUUCAAAACCCAGAUUCAGCAGCUCAACCCGAGACUUAAGGAGCUGGCAUUGAUAGAGCGAUUCGCCCAAGAGCAGUUACGUCGAUAUAAAAGGCUCAUUGACCUUAAAUUGCAACAUGUUCAAGCAGUGAACAUGCAAAAUUGCGCCUCAGAAAAACAUUGCUUUGAGCAGGGGGGUGAAGCCACAAUGCUCCCACCCAGAAUUAGCUCGAAAGAUCCAGACUCCACGUACGCGCAGUUCCAAGUAACCGCCUCAGCCGAUCCAGAUGAGGAUAUGAGCGGCUUUGGCGAAGGAACUGUAACUGCGGCGCUCUUCCCCCAUGGCGUUCCUCUGCCACCAGUUAAACGUCUUCCCGCUCAGUUUGAAUGUUCUCUCUGCUUUAAGGUAAAAGCGUUCCAGAAACCAUCUGACUGGACGAAACAUGUUCACGAAGACGUUAUGCCAUUUACAUGUACUUUCCCUGAAUGUACCGAGCCGAAAUCUUUCAAGAGAAAAGCCGAUUGGGUACGGCACGAGAGUGAGCGCCAUCGACAGCUGGAGUGGUGGACCUGCAACAUGCAGGACUGUUCGCAUAGAUGCCACCGGAAAGAUAAUUUCGUGCAACAUCUCGUUCGAGAGCACAAAAUGCCAGAACCGAAGGCUAAAUCCUCCAGAGGUCGUGGUAGUGGGAACAACAAAGGAGCAGCAAAGAAGACGGAUAACCAGCAAAGCUCGGCUCAUGAUCAGGGGGUUGACCAAGUGUGGAAGUUGGUUGAAGAAUGCCACCAUAUUAACCCCAAGAAACCACAGGACGAGGCAUGUCGAUUUUGUGGCAAUAUUUGUAACAGUUGGAAGAAGCUCUCCGUGCACCUGGCAAAGCACAUGGAGCAGAUCGCCAUGCCAGUCCUAAGUCUCGUCAAACAACGAACAAUAUGUGCAAAUACCCUUAUCAGCCCAAUCGAGAUAGGAAGCUACCCACCCCUCCCGAAAGCUGGUAGUGGCCAGUCACCAGUAAUGAGUCCGCUUCCAGGCACAACGCCCUACCGGAAUUCCUUCCAAUCAGAUCAAGCAAUCAACGCCAACCUUGGCCACUCAACCUUUGGCACUUCGACGGCACAAAAUGCGGAAAGUUAUACAACCACUCAGUCCUCUUCACUAGCUGACCAUCUUCAGAUGCAUGCUGUGCAAAAUGAGCUAACUGCUGUCUCACUGGGAAUGGGAGGGAGGUCAAUCUCAGCUGGUGGGCAGAGCUACAAUCUCUCACCUUAUUCACAGUCAGCUUCGCCAUCAAUUAGCGAGCAGCAGCGCGUGUAUCCAGUUACAACCAGAGCCAGCCAACAAUUCAACCCUCACCACGCUUCCGCUACAUACCCACCCCCGUAUAAUGCCGUGUCGCGGCGGCUAGAGUUACCCAUUUCGGACAUCGCCCAGUCUCCAGUAGGUGCGACGGCAUAUGACUUGACCGCCGCGGCGGCCGUCUCCAACACCACUGCAUAUGAUACUCAGCAACAAAUAUACACCUCGCCAGUUGAAAACGCCGGGUAUGUCUAUCAGCAAAGCCAAGGUGGGAUGGGCCCGUCAGUGGCUCUACACUACAAUGAUGUUACGGCCCCUGUGCAAUACCCAGUAGUUUCAGGACCCAAUGGCGGUCCCGCAGGUCAGGUAGAAAGCUAUGUCCAACACCGUGACGGCCCAUAUCAAUAUCAGAACCAGGGAUGAUCUGUGAGAUCUGCUUUCUUGUUUUGCUGGUCUUUAGUUUCUGGCAGGGACGGAUUGUGUCAUUGUUGAACUUUUCCGGUUUAUUUCUUCAAUUUUUUUAAUUUUGUUUUUGUGGCUUUGGCCUUUAUUUAUUUUUAUUUUUGCUCUCUCCGUUUUGUUCUGAUUCGGUUCUUAAGUCUGAUUUGUGGUCUUGUGGUUUAUGUCCUCCGCCCUUUGGUGUUCAGCUGCCCCAUGGAUGUUUUCUCGUGAUUAAAACCUCGCACAGCGAUUACCUCCCCAUCUCUAUCCAGCCCGUUAUGUUCUUUCUUCUUUAUUUCGUACCCCUUAACUGGCCAUUUAUGCUUGUAUUGUGUUUUAUUCUUUUCCUUCGGGUUUCCUAAACGUUAUUAUUAAGUUGGCUCCGUUUCGUUCAAUGAUUUGCUAUUAGCACGACCAUCUUCUCUAACCAUUAUUUCGCCGCUUGAUUUACGAUGCUUCCCCUAUUUUUGGUGAUAAUGUGCCCCAUUAUUUAUGAAAUUAGCGUAUCGACAGAUGUGCGAACACGAAUUUCCUAUUUCCUGGCUGUAAUAUCGGUGUGAAAAUCGUUUUGAACAGAGAACGACGUGUGUCUUAGAAUACUCAUUUAAUGGCUUCUUUCCCGUCCAUCUACCAGCUUGGGAUCUGCCGCUCCAAUGUAUGUAUCUAGAGGAGAUAAAAGGUAUUGGCACCGGAUACCAUUUCCU